CAGCCCACGGAAAGAGGACCCUCAGUUUUAUCAUCUGGAGAGCCAGAGAGCCUCUGCCAGGGGUCACCUAGACCCGUCUGUUCCAGCAGGUGUGCAAAAAUAUUAAAAUAUUAGGAAUAAUUGUACUGACACUUACAACCCCAUUGUAUAGGAUUACUGCACCGUUUAAGAAGAAGCCACAGCUCCUCACUGAGAAUCGAAAUCAGGACAGCUGUUGCAGUUGACACUAGAUGGGACAGAAUUCCCUAAUUGGAUUUUACGUCGAGGGAAUUCUGAAAUCAUGAGCCAGAUGAGUCCUUCUGCUUCACAGGGAAACUCUUCCCCACCGGUGGACCCCAAACUCACUUCAGCUGCCAAAGUGAGCUUCCUCCAUCCAGGAGCAGGAUCGGACACUAACGUCAGGAUUCCAGGGAUCAAGCCUAAGCUGAGCCCGAAGCCUCUUGUUCUUCCACCAGUUCCUGCGAUUCCAGUCGUAGCCCCCAGCAAGCCGCGGCAGCCUCACACGAGCUGGGUGCACAGCGCCAAACAGAAAGAGGAAGCUGAUGCACAGAGCAGAGCAAAAGAGAGCCGGAGAACUGAAAGGACGUCCUUUCUGUCUGCUGUCAUCGAGCGGACCUCAAAGCUGUAUGGAUACACACCUGCGCUACAUCCGAGCUCCUCCAGGGAGACACCUGCCAUGGAGCCUGCUGAUAUGACAUCACAUCUCAAUAAGGACAGCGCUGAGACUUCAACAUUGAUGGCAGAAGCACAGCCUAUUGCAACACAGAAAGCCAUGGUCCCAAUGGCCAGACUUAGAUCUGCAGUUCCUGUGAAGGGAGAAGCAUUUAAUCGGGUCAACGGCUCAUCUGCACAUGCACAGAACGUUGCCAAAGCCAAGUACGAGUUUCUCUUCGGAAAGACAGAAGACACCGGCUCAUCAGAUAGCGUCACCUCUCCGAGCCAGGAGAAACAGGAAAGCGGCUCAGGUCUUGAUUCCGCUCUUGAUGACGAUGACAUUGAUGAGACGUCGCUCUUCCAGGAGAUUGACAGGGAGCUGUCGAACCUAUUGAGCGGCCUGACUGCUCAGAGUCAGCAUGCUGCGGCCGAACAGGACUCGACGUCAGGAGAUGCCGCCGCCUCACCCAUGAUACCCUGCAACGGGCAAAACGAAACCCCACAGUCGGAACUGGAUAUGGCCAAGCAGGGCCUGGACCUUCAGAACGGCCAGUCCGAGUUAGCAGGAGACUCCCUCCUCACGUCUGGUCUGCUGUUUGACUCGUGGUGCGAGGCGCUCAUAAAGGACCCCAGCUCAGUUAUGGCGGCUGCAAACGAGCUGAGCUGCUUCAGCUCUGGGCCCAGUCGAGAUCCCAGGAAUGCAUCGCCCAGCCAAAAUAAACCUGACGCCAGCCCGACUCCAGCUGCAGCACAUGGGGAGCAGUCCAUAGAGGUGCCCUCCCAAGAAAACUCUGAAAAGGAGACGGAGGGCAAAAGGGCCGGGUCACCCUCGCUCAGUAGGGCGGACGACCCCUCGGCAGAACUGGUAGACGAGUCUCUAGAGGAGUCCAAUAAAAUACUGGCCGAAGUCCCGGGCAUCUUCAGCGGCUUUCUGGAAGGGGGCAAUCUGCGGGACAAGCCGCCGAAGAAGCUGCGGUUUGUGGAGAGCAAGGCGGAGAGCCUUGUGAACGGAGAGAUGCAAAAUGGAACGUAUCAGAGCUGCGGCGCAAAAGAGGAAGUGACUCAGGACGUGCAACAUAGGGAAACCACAGCAGUGCCACAGGGGCGUGCGCUUAGACCCGAGCACAAACCAACAGAAAACGGCUCAGACAGGUGUUCUGAAGUUAAAUCUGCUGCAGGUGAGAGUGACACCACAGAUGUCUUCAGCUGCCAGUUUGAGAACAUCCUGGAGUCGGAGCGUCUGCGGGGGACUCUUUACAGUAGCAUGGACUCGCUGGAUGAACUGUCCAACCCUGUGCCUGAACCCAGUACUCAAAGCACUCUGGAACCCUCGUUUGCCUUUGACAUUCCCCUCACUCCCAUGAUUCAGCAGCGACUCAAAGACAGAAGUCUGUUCUUGGAUGCGGGCGCGCCUGACCUGAGCUCGGACGGCGAGAUGCUGAGCGUCACAGCCAUAAAGGAGAGCGGCAGGGCAGCUCUGGAGGUGACCUCAUCGUUUCUCUCAGUGGGUUGUGAGGAUGCAGGAGCAGCUCUAGCAAACGGUUUAAACGUCAAAGACCCCAGAGACUGGCUGCAGGACUGUUUAAGCAGCGAUGCAGGGCUGAAGGACGUGCUGUCAGACUGGGACUCAGACAUGGAUGGUGUGGAAUGUCUUAAGGACACAGAUGUUCUCCACAAUGGCAGCCGAAGUGACCAGGAAGCUGCCCGACGUCUGGCCAGACGGCUCUACCACCUGGAGGGCUUCCGGCGCUCGGAUGUCGCCAAACAUCUGGGCAAGAAUAAUGACUUCAGUAAGAUGGUUGCAGAAGAGUACCUCAAAUUCUUUGAGUUUACAGACAUGACAUUGGACCAAUCACUCAGAUGUUUUCUGAAAGCAUUCUCACUAAUGGGCGAGACUCAGGAGAGAGAGCGGGUGUUAAUUCAUUUCUCUAAUCGGUACUAUCAGUGUAAUCCCACUGUCAUCAAUGCACAAGAUGGAGUUCAUUGCCUUACCUGUGCGCUUAUGCUGCUCAACACUGACCUUCAUGGCCCGAAUAUUGGGAAGAAGAUGACGUGCCAGGAAUUCAUCAAUAACCUGGACGGACUCAAUGCAGGACAAGAUUUCCCUCGGGAGCUGCUGAAGUCAAUGUAUAACUCCAUCAAGAAUGAGAAGCUGGAAUGGGCAGUUGAUGGAGAUGAGCUGAAGAAGUCUCUGUCUGAGCUGGCGGAUAAGAACCAUCACUCUCAUACUAAGAGCUUCAGUCGCAUCAGCAGCGGCAGUAACCCGUUCCUGGACAUUGCCCAUGACCCCAACGCUGCUGUCUACAAAACUGGCUUCCUGGCCCGCAAAAUCCACGCUGACAUGGACGGAAAGAAAACACCAAGGGGGAAACGAGGCUGGAAAACCUUCUAUGCUGUUCUCAAAGGCAUGAUCCUCUAUUUGCAAAAGGAUGAGUAUAAGCCGGAGAAGGCCCUAUCAGAGGACGAUCUGAAGAACGCCAUCAGCGUGCAUCAUGCUCUUGCCAUCAAGGCUAUGGACUAUGAGAAGAAACCCAAUGUGCUCAAACUCAAGACCGCUGACUGGAGAGUGUUCCUCUUCCAGGCCCAGAGCCCUGAGGAAAUGGAGUCCUGGAUUAGAAUAAUCAACUCGGUGGCGGCCAUGUUUUCCGCCCCGUCUUUCCCCGCUGCCAUCGGCUCUCAGAAAAAAUUCAGCCGUCCGCUGCUGCCGGCGACCACCACCCGAAUGUCUCAGGAAGAGCAGCUCAAGUCCCACGAGGCCAAGCUGAAGCACGUCUCUACAGAAUUAGCCGAACACAGAUCCUACCCGCCGGAUAAGAAGGUCAAAGCCAAAGAGAUCGAUGAGUACCGCUUGAAAGAGCACUACCUGGAAUUUGAGGAGAGCCGUUACGAGAUGUACGUGAAGCUCCUGAAAGAGGGGGUGAAAGAGCUCCUGACGGCCCGGGACGGCGACGCGGCGCUGAAGAAGUCGCAGUCCAGCCCGUCUCUCAACCAAGAGUCCCAGCCGGCCGCCGCCAAAGUCAAGCGCAACACGUCUGAGCGGAAGGAUUACCGGCCCGAAACACCCAAGGUUACAUAGGCGGUGUUUCCGCUUCCUGUCAGAGAGCCAUUGUAUAUCACGCGUGACUGUAUUUUGAUGUAAUUUAUUUAUCUGCCGACAGUUGUAUCAGAAAACAUUUGUGUAAAAUGUAAAUUGAUCAAUUGGUUGGAAGUUGUAAAUCUCUAGGUCUCCCUUGACCAGCCGGUGCUUGUGGAGCAAAUAGUGUGGUUUUCUUUUUUAUUCGUUAGCGUGUAAAGAUUUUGUGGUCGCACUUUAUUUUACAGUGAAUGACUGAGUAAUAUUAGGUAGGUAACUACAGGGAUUAGGUUAGGUUUAGGGUUAGAUUCGGCCAACAGGACUGUAAAAUAAAGUGCCACUGAGAACAUGGCUGUCUCUUGAUCGUGCUGUUCCCCUAAAUUGCUUUUCCUCCAAGAGAAGUAUUUUUUUCAAGUGGACACGUCCACUUACAUAUGCUAGGCAGUAGAUAUAGUCUCACUCAGAGCGUUAGCUGUUAUUUUAAUAGACGAACACACGGCGGAUCUGAACUGACAGUAGAGAGAGGGGUCGUUUUUAGGACCCUUCAGGAUUUCGGUGCAUGGAUGCGAUGCGGGAUUUAUCACGAUAGCCUUUCGUUUUCGUCGCGGAUAUAGUCCACUACCGAUGUACUAACCACCUACUAACAAACCACCGAAUUCUCCAUAUAAUAUGUAGUCGCGCGCGUUAAUGGAUCGUACCAGCAUGUCGCAGCAAUGGACCGAAACUCUAAAUAGAUUAUUUUCUAACGAUGAUUUCGAGGUACUUGCUGAGUUCCGGCAUUUCAGACUGCAGGAUUAGAUGGCGUUGGCGUCGACGCCAUCGACCGCGCAGUUUGUGCCAUUUAUUUUUUUAUCUGUUUGUUGAAGUAAAGAGUAUACUUCUGCUUUUUUCAGUAGUGUAAAUGCCAAUGCUCCUUUUGUGUAUUUUAUAAUCUUAUAUAUAUUUGAAUUUUUAAUUCUCAGUUCAGAACAUUAUUGUUGUAAAGAUGACAGUAGUAUUUAUAGUGCACUUUAUUAGUUCUUUUGACUCUUUUAGAGAGCUUUAUAAAGGGUAGUGAUAUGUUACUUCAUUAUACAGGUUUUUCAAGCAUAACCAAAUCUGUGGUUGAUUUUAUUGAAGGUACACAGCCGAAGGUACAUUUUCACUCGUGUAAAGUCGUGUUAGUUCGUCUGUGCUCGUGUAUUUUUGCCGUCACGUUUAGGUUGUUCGAAUACAGAGGCUUCUAUUAGAAUUGAGAACAUUUUGGUUCUGAAUUGUCGCUUUUCGUGAUGCUGACCUUGAAUCUAAGAUGUCAUUUUCAUUACAGAAAAAAAAAAAAACGACGACGUGAACACUAUAUGAACGUUCGACAGUGUUUUUGCACACCAACAAAGCCGGAUCUAUUAUUUUAGAGCUUUUGAAGGUUUAAAAGGAAUCUAUACGAGAAGCUUUUCACAUUUACAGAUAUUAGUCCCUUCAAUCUAUGACAUUUUGUUUACUUGAAGUAUUUUUAAAGACACUUUAUUAUUUUAUGAUAGAAUUUGACAAAUAGAAAGGAUUUGUUCAUAUCUACGCUGUUUUUGUUAUUACAAGCUCUUUCAGCAGACUUUAAAUUUGUUGCUGCGUCUUGUUUUUCAUGUUUUAUUUUCUCGCUGUGAAAUUGCCGGACGUGUUAUUUCUCUUGUCCAGUUCUGAACACAGAAGCACUUAGAUAAUGUUUAUUUUUAUUUAUUUGUUGCUACUUUUAGAACAAAAGUCGCAUUGCUUUUAAGCAGUAUAUACAGUACACACUUAGUAAUGAAUACUACAACUCUGUCAUCAGUAUGAAUGGUGAUAUGAAGAGAUCGACUCUUCCUUUUAUGUGCUACUAUGUUCACCGCUUUUCCAGACCAAAUAGUUUCCUGUGACAUGUAACUCCAGCACUAACCCUUUAACAGUGCACGUCCUACACAGACUUAGUAUUUUCAAAUAGUAAUUCCAUUUGUUAUUAUUUCACAUAGGAUGCAGAGAACGGUUUAAACAAAAAAAUAGGACGUGUAAGAAAGAUAGGGGCAUGCAAGUGCACUUUAGGGUUUCAAAAUAAAAACAAUAACAACUAAUGAAAAUCCAUCCGAAAGUGAGGCUUGCAUAAUUUCAAGCAGUUGCGAGGUCUGAAAUGUCUUUCUUUGUCAUGAUAAUAUUUUGACUGGAACGCUCACUUUUUGUUUGUAAAUCUCCUGGGUGCAAACUGCUCAUGUUUACCAUGAUGUAUGCCACAACACUCAACUUGAUCGUAAAGUUUUUCUCCAUCAAGACUCCAGCCUUGUCAUCUUUGUCUGUUUACUUUUACAAACCCUGUAAUGUAUGAUCUCCUAUCAAAAUGCAAUUGUGUGAGUACUGAAGGAGAGCAGCUGGUUUUAAUGCGCCUUAGCCAUCAGUUGGACCGUUUGGUGUCCAAACUCAGAUAUCGUGAAUACCUUUUUUUAGCUGUGAUCCUGUACUACUCCUUUAAAUCUGUAAAUGUUGUUAAAUAUGCCUGUUGCCCUGUGUUCAGAAGACUGGAUGUGUUGGUUGUGAUCUCUUGGCACGAGCGUGUCUUACGCCUGCCCGCAAAGAUCAGGGACACAAUGUUGGCUUCAGUGAAUAAAAAACUGUAUUUAAUCGUU